AAUCUUGCGGUGGAGCAGCGUCGCUGAGACAGCGCAACUCCAUUUUGCAAGUCGCGAAUGCCGCAGGAUGAUGCUCAGCUUGCGGGGGCAAAGGCAGCGGCCAGGCAGGGCUGACUUUGAGGCAGGGCUGCGCAGCUCCCAGCUACGGAGCGAGGCAAGCUUCGCAGGCAGCGGAUCCAGCUACCUCCACAAGGCCGCGCCCAGGCAGCGGCAGGCAGGCUGAAUGUGAGGCCAAGAUAGCCAGCCUCGAAGAAGAGAUCAAAUACCUUCGAGCUGCCUUGCCUGAAAGCUUGAGCAUCUCAACCACAGCAGCCCCUACGGUCAUCGUUGCUGGCCAUAGUGUCCAGGAGGAGGGUUAUGAGGAAGUGAUACUGCUGGCAGUAAUCAUGUUCAUGCUGAUGCUGUGGAUGGUCCCAUUCCUGAGGCCAUUUAGAUAUUGUUGUGAAACGCGCUUGCACAAGGUGUAUCCAGCAAUCACUCUCAUCAAUUUGCUGAUAUUUGCUGUGACGCUCAACCAGCUUUGUCGAAUCUCAUUCAAUGAUGUUUUCUUUGCGAUUGUCAAGCUCUUCGAUGUCUUCCUGGAUUCCAUCGAGCAGGUGCUCAUUGGAAUAUCAGCUCUUUUUGCCAUCGGGAUUGUGUGGAAGUUCAAAGAUCGAGUCUUCGAGGUUCUUGGAGUAGAGAAUGCGGCGGCUGUGUUUGGAGACUUCCGCGAUUGGGCAACUUGUUGGUCUAUGAGACGCUUUCAUCCUAUGGAAAUCGUCAUUUGGAAGGUGGAAGGAUUGCCAUCUGCUCGCCUACACUCACCAAAUGAUGUGUUUUGCGAAGUAUCUUUUGGCUACAAUGUCACCAUGAAGACUCGCGUGCAUCACAGAGCUGGACAUUCGUGUACCUUUAAGGAGGCCCUGCAGCUGAACUUUGACCCUUUCGAUGCAGAGCGCCGUCUCACACUUUGCAUCAAGAGCCAGGAGGUGAUCGGCGACAUCGAACUGGCAAAGUUGCAGAUGGGGGCCGAACAGGUGCGUGAAAUGGAAGAACCUGAUGACAACUACGACAGGUCUCUUGUGCGCGGAAGCAUGCCAGAGUCGGCAUGGUCCAGCGGCAGGUUCCGAUGCAUUGAUCUUGUUCCUGCUGGCAAGGUGUACCUUCGCUUCAUCCCUGUUUCAGAGGACUCAAAGGGCUGCUGGGAGAGUUUGUUGAGGACCUGACGACAGGGGCCCAGGCCGGAAAGCUGGGAGUGAAGUUGUAAGGGCAUGUUUCACGCAGGGUCCCUCGGCCAGCAGGCCAAGUGGGCCGCUUGGCCAAUGGGCCAAAGGGCCAAUGGACCAAUGGGCCAAUCAUGAGAGCAUGUAGCGGCAUGGUGAAAUCUCUUCGCUGCUUCUAGGCAGAAAACUGUGCAAAGACUCAGAUUCGAUGCCUUGAGAC